AUGAAACCAUUCUUUUAUGAUCUCACAUCAAGUGUACCAAUUGACACUUUUGAUGCUCAAUCUUCGUUUGGUACUAACAAUGGAUUUGGAAAUAAUGCUGACCGGAGAGGAUUUGGAAGGAAUGAUGAUGACUGUGAUGAGGUUGAACUGGGAGAUGACGGUGGUUCUGGAUUUGCUAGAAAAAAUGAUAAUGGUUUUGGAACUAGAAAUAAUAAUUUUGGCGGGUUUGGAGGGAAAAAUAGGAAUGGUGUUUUUGGUCAGAAAAAUGGUGAUAGUAGUGAAAGUGGGUUUGGUGGAAGAAAUAAUAAUAAUGAUGAUGGUGGUAGUGGUGGUGGUAGGGGCUUUAACAGAAAAGGUAAUGGUUUUGGCAGAACGAUUGAUGAUAAUGACAGUGCUGGUAGUGGUGGGAAGAGUAAUGGCGGUUUUGGUAGGAGGAACAAUUAUAAUAAUGAUGAUGAUGCUAAUAAAUUUAGCGGUGGGAGUAAUGGUAGAUUUGGUGGAAGGAAUAAUAAUGGUGAUAGUGGUGACGGAGGUAGUGGUGGAUUCGGUGGAAGAAGUAAUGGUGGUUUUGGUAGAAGAAACAAUGACGAUAGUGGCAGCAAUGGCGGAUUUGGUGGAAAAAAUGGUGGUUUUGGUAAACGAAAUAAUGAUAAUGAUGAUGGUAGUAGUGGUGGUGGUGGGUUUGGUGGAAGAAGUAAUGGUGGAUUUUGUAGGAGAAAUAACAACAAUGAUGAUGGUUCCAGUGGUGGACGUGUUGGUUUCGGUAAGAGAAAUAACGGUGAUGAUGGAGGUUUCGGUAAGAGAAAUAACGGCGAUGAUGGUGGUUUUGGUAAGAAAAAUAACGGUGAUGGUGGUGGUUUUGGUAAGAGAAAUAACGGUGAUGAUGGUGGUUUCAAUAGACAAAGUAAUAAUAACAAUAAUAGCGAUAACGGAGGGUUUAGAUUUGGUAAGAAAAAUUUUGAUAAUGAUGAUGAUAAUAGAGGUGGGUUUGGAGGGAGAAGCAAUGGAAGCUUUUCUAACAGGAGAGGUGACGGUGAAGAAAGUAGCAGUAGAUUUGGUAGAAGAACUAAUAAUGGUGGUGGUUUUGGUGAUAAGAAUAAUGAAGGGGAUUAUAACAAUGAGGAUGGUGGAAGGAGUGGUGGAUUUGGUGGGAAAAGAUCUUUUGGAAAAAGAGGUGAGGAUGGCUCAAAAUUUGGCAACCAUGAGAGUGGACGUGGAUGUUUUAAAUGUGGAGGCGACCAUUUUGCUAGAGAAUGCACCAAUCCUGAUCAACGAAAAGCUGGUUAUUAUUUUAAUUAUUCAACUACCUUAAGCAAAAAGUUGUCUACCAAGUGCUUUAACCAUUAUGUUAAUUAUGCAAAUUCCAAAUUGCAUAUUCGUCGCCAUUGUUUAAAGGUGGAUGUUUUAAAUGUGGAGGCGACCAUUUUGCUAGAGAAUGCACCAAUCCUGAUCAACGAAAAGCUGGUGGAUGUUUUAAAUGUGGAGGCGACCAUUUUGCUAGAGAAUGCACUAAUCCUGACCAACGAAAAACUGGUCAACGUUGCAAUCAAGAUGCUUUCACUACUGCCAGAAAAGUCAUUUUUUACCAAAUCAUUCCAUGUAGCAUAA